AUGGACCUGCGGUCUGAGCUGCUCAAGUCCAUCUGGUACGGCUUCACGGCCCUGGAUCUGGAGAAGAGUGGGAAGGUGUCCAAGUCUCAGCUGAAGGUACUGUCCCAUAACCUGUGCACAGUCCUGGCCAUCCCACAUGAUCCCGUAGCUUUAGAGGAGCACUUCAGGGACGAUGAUGAUGGUCCGGUCUCCAGUCAGGGCUACAUGCCUUACCUCAAUAAAUACAUUCUGGAUAAGGUCAUUGAAGGCUCUUUUGACAAGGAAAAUGUGGAUGAGCUCUGCUGGACUCUGACGGCAAAGAAGAACUACCAGCCAGACAGAAAUAGCAGCACUCUUUUGCCGGAGAGGGAUGCUUUCCGCCUCUGGUGCCUUUUUAAUUUUCUGUCUGAGGACAAAUACCCUCUGGUUAUGGUUCCUGACGAGGUGGAGUACCUCCUCAAGAAGGUCUGCAUGUCCAUGAGUAUUGAGUUCAACUAUGUCGAACUGGAGGAUUUCUUCUCCCAAGACUCAGUGCAGCAGAGCGGCAUCACUGUUUGGGUUUUUCUGGAGAUGAUGAACUCAGGAAAGAUAACAAGAGGAAUCGAUAAGAGCAUCGUCAGCAUGGCUAUAGAGGAAGUGUACAGGGAGAUAGUCGGUGAUGUCCUUAAAGAGGGUUAUCUGUGGAAGAAAGGCCAGCUGAGGAGGAACUGGAAGGAACGCUGGUUUACUCUAAGGCCGAGCAACUUGGCCUACUACACUGGAGAGGACCGCAAGGACUGCCAGGGGAACAUAGCUCUGGAUGGGAACUGCUGUGUGGAGGUGCUUCCAGAUCGGGAUGGGAAGAGGUGUAUGUUUUGUCUGAAAACUCUCUCUAAGACAUAUGAGAUGAGCGCCUCAGACACCAAACAGAGACAAGAGUGGACUACAGCCAUUCAGACAGCCAUCCGCCUGCACACGGAGGGGAAAACGUCGCUCCACAAGGACCUGAAGCUGAAGCGUCGUGAACAGCGUGAGCAGCGAGAAAAGAGGCGACAGGCCAAAGAGGAGGAGCUGCAGAGGCUGAGGGCCCUGCAGGAGGAACGGGAGCGUAAACUGGCUGAGCUGGAGCUGCUGAAGGAGGCGCAGAAGCAGGCGCAGACCCUCCUGGAGCAGGACGAGCAGAGGAGGCGCCAGCAGCACGAGCAGCUGCAGAAGGCCCUGGAGGUGCAGCUCCGAGAGGCAGAGGAGGCCCGGGUCAGCAUGCAGGCGGAGAUGGCUCUGAAAGAAGAGGAGGCAGAAAGGCAGAGGAAGAGGAUCCAGGAGCUGGAGGAGAUGCAGAAGCGACUGGAGGAGGCACUGCAGCAGGAGAUCAAAGCCAGGCUGGAUGAGGAGGCUUUCCGAUACGCUCAGGCAGGGUUGCUGGCUGAGGAAGAGGAGAAAAUGAAGGCCCUGAUGGCCCUGCAGGAGGAACAGGAGGAGUACAUCCUGAAAACGCAGAGGGAGAAGCAGGAGCUGAAACAAGAAAUGGAGGCCAAAACCCGGGCCCUGGAUGAAGCGCAGAGGCAGUUGGAGGAGGUCCGCGCCAACAGGCACAGGGUGGACCAGGAUGUAGUGGCUGCCCAGAGAAAACUUCGACAAGCAAGUACCAACGUCAAACACUGGAACGUACAGAUGAACAGGCUGAUGCGACCAAUCGGACCGGGCGAGAAAAGACCCUCAUUGGGGAGCUCGUUCUCAGCCUUCCAAAUCCCAAUGCAGAGAGACCCCGGACUCCGUCUGAUGAGAAGAACCGGGUCAGAGGAGCAGAACGAGGAGAGCAAAGAGAAUGUCGACAACAGAGCUGGUUGUGACUCAGACAAACGCCACUCUCAUGCCUCCAACGGAGACAUGGAUAUCCCCUAAAAUACAUGAGUCAGAGGGUGUAAAGUCAUGUCUGUUCACUGUGACGUGAACAUAUGACCCAACCUGUAAAACAGGGGCAUGUCUACACCUAAAACUGAAGUUACUACCAUUUUACUAAAUGGAUUUACUGACCUCAAUUCACAAAGAGCAACAGUUAAAAACAUGUUUACAGCUCAAUAAUGCUUCACUGAAACCUGUAUGAGGCCUGGUCUGGACAUGAACUAUACCUCAGUGCAGAAAAAUGAACUAUAAGAAAGACUCUGUUGGUACAGAACCAUUUCUAACAUUGAAAUGUUAAUACAUACAUGAAGAGAAGCUCAUUUAUUUAGCUCUGUAAUAUAUAUUAAUAAUGUUAUUUUGUUUUUAUAUUUUUUUGCUGUAAGUCUAUGGCCAGUGGUUUGACUUCUUGACUUUUCAAGGUGAUUCAGUAUUAGAGUUUGGUGCAGUUUCAGUGUAAGAGUGGCACUGAUAAACAGGAAAGACACAGAGAAAGAGAGGCAGAGACACCUCAUUAAACUUCCUGUUUCUACUGUCAGCUGACGUGUAAAUAAAAUUAUUGAUGGCUGCCUAAAUCAAA